CCUUCAACCACUCCCUCUCCCUCUCCUUCCCCCCUCCUCCCUCUCCCUCCCUCUCACCACUAGGAGUGAAGGAAUCCUUUUCUUCUCCUUCAUCCUCGCCCCUGCUCUCCUCUCACCUCCUCUUCCCUUAAUAGCCCGUCCCCCCCGAUCUUCUCGAUCUAUUUUUCCUGUUAUCCCCCUCCACCCCCCCAACCACCACUAACUCCUCUACCUACGCUCUGAAGAGAAAGGUAUUGGGCACUUGGCAGGGCCCGCUGCAGAAGUGGUCGGAUUUUAAUCUUUCAAUCCUCUGUGACGUCUCCCAGAGGACUAUAGGGAUAGGUGCUUGCUCGUGAAAAGUCGGUGUGGAAAGGGAAGCAAAUAAGCCCCGCAGCGGUUAAUACUGUAGGGCAAAAAGGGAAAGGGGAUCAGAGAAAAAGGACGAAGCAAGAGACUUAACUGAUAGUCUGCCUGCCUGCCUACGAGUAGUCUCGCUUGGUAAUAACGAACUGUUACGAACAACGAUACCCCCCACCCCCCCCCUAAAUACCAGCUCCUUUUUUAUCUCGCUGGAGCCAUCUUCGGAGUUCCGCUAGUUUGGAACUUGUGUGCGUGAGAAAUAAUUAUAAUUUCUACCUUUCCCUGAAAAAAAAAAACCCCCCGUCAUCGGUGGCCUGUCCAGUGUGAGUACCAUAUUUUAAGUACAAGACCGCUCCUGCGUUCAUGUUUUCUCUCGUUCAGCCUUCUUAUGACCCUUUCCUACGUCGCUGCCUUGUCAUCAACUCGUCUCGGCUUCGUACUUCCUAUGGGGACGACCGCCUCACUGACAUUUUCAUCAUCUCGAAGUUACUCUCGUGAUAGGCUUUUCCCAGAUAUCUCUCCUUCCUCGAAACAGAGAUAACCUCCCCGAACCUGUAUGCAUUCAUAAUGGACUCCGAGGACGGGCAUACAUACAUCAAGCACCUUGCUCACUUCGUUCGUACGCACGAGAAGGCUCUCGCAAAUGCUCUACAGCUUCAGAGGCGACCACUCCGUCGUAGCGAUACGGCCCCGGCCGUGUCUGGAAGGACUCCUGCCAACCUGCAAUAUGCCCAUGGUUCCUCUUCCGCGUCUAGCUCUCUGGCUGCUGCCUUCUCGCUUCCGUCAUUGUCCUUCACCUCGCAGCACCUCAAGCCCGCAAAGUUGGGACUUACACCUCACCAUCUCUACUAUCUCCUGAGCCGGUUCGAGGAGCUCAACAUCCCGGUUGGGCCCAUGGGGGUUCGUCUGGAGAACAUUCAUGCGGAGAGCUCGCCGGGCAAUUAUGUUUCGUUCUUGAGGGAUACUUCCAGGCGUAGGAACCAUUCGUCGGAUAGCUUGUCGAUACACUCUGUGUCUAGUGUUAGGAGUGUUAUGUCUGGGGUGUCGUCGUUGUGGUCUUCCAUUGGACUCGGAGCGUCCGCUUCGGUCAAAAGUGAGAAGGCAAAGGCAGCUCUGGAGGCCGAUUUGAAAUACCUCUACUCAGCGUUCACUAAGAUACCCUGCCUGAGGCUUGCGCCUGAUAGGAAAGCUCGUCUGAUUGAGGGGUUUGAGGAGUUCCCGUUUGAUACUGCGGUGCCCUUGUUGGCAUUCAAGAAUGUUAGCGCGUUGGAGAUUUGUGAUAUUGAUAUCCGCCAAUUCUUUGGAUGGGACCAACUGGCGGAAAGGCUACGAAGUCUGGUUGUGAAACGUGGUGGGAUCAAGGACCCCGCCGAACUCAUCAUUGCUAUUGUUCUGGACGACAUGGACAAGAGACGGCGGAGGUCUGCUAAAUCUUCAUCUUCGCCAAUAAUUUCGUAUCCUUCCUCAAGCCCUGGCCUGAGCAAUGAGGGGGAGCCAUCGACCCCACCCUCUCCAGUCACGGGCCAAAUUGGUAGCAGCAGCGCCCCUGCCGGCCAUUACCAUGCCAUGUCUAGGGUUCCCUCCAAUUCCUCAAGGUCGAGCUCCAAGAACCGACCCCGCAGCAACUCGCCUACGAGACCUGCGAGCUCCAGGACUAGUUCUACUGCUACGAACUCGCAUUCUCGUUCUCAAAGGAUGCGGAGAUCUGGCUCUGGUAGCAGCCACUCGUCGUCAACUUCAACUCUUCUUCCGGCCCCUAACCAUGGUUUGACACUGCCAGCCAAUCUACCCAAUACAAAGUGGCGCUUCUUGAGACAUCUCUCAUUGGCGGAUAAUGAUUUGUUAUCGGUUUCCUCUGCUGCCCUGACCCCGUUGGCCGGUUCCUUAUCAUCGCUCGAUCUCUCGAAUAACCUUUUCAAGUCCAUUCCCGAGUGUCUCUCUAUUCUCUACAAUCUGCGUGCUUUGAACCUUUCCGGAAACAUGAUUGAUUCUCUCCACUCCUUGACACGAAACCCGCUCCCGGCCAUAACCGCACUUAACCUCCGUGGCAAUGUGCUGGCGUCAAUCGCGGGGGUAGAACGAUUGUUGUCUCUGGAACGCCUAGAUUUGCGGGAAAACAAACUCACUGACCCCACAGAACUAGCUCGGUUAACGGGCGUGCCUAAUAUAGCGGAGAUCUGGAUUGCCUCAAAUCCUUUCACCAAGACCCACUCUGGUUACCGUGUGACUAUCUUCAAUCUGUUCCGAGAAACACCUGGGUAUUCGGACGAUAUUUCCUUGGACUCGCAAAAGCCUGGAAUGAUGGAAAAACGAAACCUAAAGGAUAGGGUAGCGGAGACCCCUGCUGUUCCUGUGAUGAGGGUACCGCCGUCGCCCACUGUUAUGGUAAAUACCGUCUCACCGAUGGAUUCCAAGAAGAAGGACAAGCAUGACAACGAAAAGGUUAUCAAGAUCGGCGGCGGGGACGUGGCCAGGGCUAAAAGGAAGGUUGGGAAGCGGAGAGUUGUCGAACUGAGCCGGGACGAUAGCAAUGCGUCUGUCCACCAGGAUAUACAGCUGACUACGAAACCGCCGGCUGCCAGAUCGACCUCACAGAGUAGGUCGGUGGUUGUCUCUCCAUCGAAGCCACCGACGGCACCGAAGGAGAUAUAUCACCCGCCGGAGGAGACGUCAUCUGGAGCGGAGUCCUCACCUCCGAACCAUCACUCUUCGCCGAGUGAGAAUGUCGAUUGGGCUCAGAAGGGAGUUGAGUAUAGACGCAAGGUUGAAGCUCUCAAGAGCGAAGUUGGACCCGGAUGGUUGAGUGUAUUGAGCGAGGAGGGCAUGUCAUUGGCACCGUCGCGGAAGGUUUCGUCACCUUCGAUGCCGGCAUCGGGGCCUGCUCAGCAGAAGUCGGACUAGCUGUGUUUUGUUUCAUUGUUUGUUUACAGGAGGAUCCUCUACCCUUGAGUUGGCGGGGUUGAACUUGCAUAGUGGGAGGGGCCAUUGAAGAUUGUAGCGGAAAUGGCGAGCAUCACGAUUUUACGCAUGUUUUUUUCUUGUUUCAUUCAAAAUUCGACAUGAAGAGGUCUUUUUUUCUUUCUUUCCUGCUUCUCUCUUCUCUCCGGGGGGGGUUCUUCUGCUUCCUAUUGUAUCAUAGGUUUUGUGUUUUAAUCGUUGGGUCGGGAGUUAGGCUGGGCUUAUCAUUUCAUUUUUGUUGCUGCUCUAUCGUUUGAACUCUCAAAUCCGGGGUUGUUUAUUUGUGGAUGUUGUCUGUUUUAAUCUUCUCGUCCUUUUGAUUGCCCCCCUUCCCUUCGAUUAUUGCAUACAUGCAUAUUUUUCUGGGUGUAUUUUUCCUUCUAUCGUUCUAUCCCUUCUUCAGUCUGCCCGCCUGUCUUUCAUGUCCUCUGUCGUGCUGUACUGCAUUUGAUAUAUACCGCGGUUGAGUUCCUUUUUUUUUUUUUUUUUUUUUUUGCUUUCUUUGCUGUUUUAUUGUGCGUUCUGUUUUUUUCAAAACUUUUUUUUUUUUCAUUCGAAUAUUCAUCAUCAUUUCUUAGGGACGGUAUUACAAAAAAUGGGAGGAUUGGAUUCGGGGAUUUUGGCCAGGGGUGGAGGAGUGGAUAUGUUUUACCAAAAAAAAAAUAGCCCUUUUCUACUC